ACACUCUAGUAAAGAAACUCUACUAUUGGAUAAUGUUUCGUCGUACAUCGGAUGUCGUCGCAGUGUGAAUCCUCCAUGAAUCUUUCAUAUUUUCUCAACGUAGGUCACCAAUAUAAGGGAGAGUUCUUUUCCGGUCGAAAACCUCCUAGUGGCAUCUGUUAACGUUAAAUCGUAAUUCAACCAAAACGUUACAAUGUCAGGGGGUUUAGAUGUAUUAGCUCUUAAAGAGGAUGAUGUUACCAAGUUAUUGGUUGCUUCUGCCCAUCUGGGUGCAGAGAAUGUCAACUUCCAAAUGGAGCGAUAUGUCUAUAAAAAAAGAGUCGAUGGUGCAGGUAUGAAUAUAAUUGAUAUUCGCCAUACCUGGGAGAAGCUGUUGCUUGCAGCUCGUGCUAUUGUCGCCAUUGAACAUCCUAGUGAAGUCUUUGCAGUUAGUUGUCGCCAUGUGGGUCAAAGAGCUGUACUCAAGUUUGCAGCUCACACAGGUGCUACUCCUAUCGCUGGACGUUUCACUCCUGGUGCAUUUACUAAUCAGAUUCAAGCUGCUUUUCGUGAACCGCGUCUUCUGGUUGUCACGGAUCCGUCCACUGAUCACCAGCCCAUUACUGAAGCAAGCUAUGUGAACAUUCCUGUGAUCGCCUUCUGCAAUACUGAUUCACCACUACGCUUUGUAGAUAUUGCAAUUCCUUGUAAUACUAAAAGCGUACUUACUGUUGGUUUGAUGUGGUGGCUUCUCACCAGGGAAGUCUUACGGCUAAGAGGUUCCAUUCCACGUGAGACUAAGUGGGAUGUAAUGGUAGAUCUCUUUUUCUAUAGAGAUCCUGAAGAGGCUGAGAAGGAAGAACAAGCGGCGAAAGAGAUCGCGCCAAGUAAAGAGUUCACGAGUACUACAGUCGAAGCUGCAGCACCUGCACCAGAACCUGGUUGGGCAAACGAGGUUGGGGAAACAACUGCUGUGACUACGGAGAACUGGGCUGAUGACGUGGCACCACCAACGGCUGCUACCAUUCCCGUAGCUACUACUGCACAAUCCUUUCAACCAAGUGGUGAUUGGGCUGCACAGCCUCAAGAGGAAUGGUCAACACCUGUAGCGACUGCCCCUGCCCCUGCCCCUGCCCAGAGCUGGGGAGGUGCGAGCAGUGAAAAGUGGUAAUCUUGAUCUUUCUGACGUUAUCUUAUAAAUAACGACGAAAUGUUUUGUAAACUGUUUCUAACAGGACUUUGAAAAGAAA